CAAAUCUCCGCCUCCGCCUUCGCAUCAGAUUAGUCUUGCAUUCGCCAGCGGAAAACAGAUCGAUUUACGAAAUUUUGCUAAAACUCGCGAUUUUAAUCCAAAAAUAGACGGUUGAGUGUGUUGCUUAUUUACUUGGACUGACGUCGUUUGAAUAGUUUUUAUAUUGUGAGCAGAAGCUAGGGCUUCAAAUGUUUUAUCGGUGGUGACGCUGAUCUCAGCAUCUGCCUCCUCGCUCGCGACGAUUGGGUGGAGUUUGUUUACAUCCAGAUCUGCGAAAUUUCAUCUCAGCCUCAAUCAUCCUCUGAUUGAUUGCAAUUGCGUGUGAUUCAUUCAUCAGUUCAGGAGCAGUACCGCUAAUGAUGAAGAUCAACGAGAAGAACCUGUGCAUGUUUGCGACUACGCCCCCGGUUGACCUUGAGGGAUGGCUCAACAAGCGGGGCGAAAUCAACAAAAGUUGGCAGCGGCGGUGGUUCGUCCUGAAGGGCAACCUGCUGUUCUAUUUCGAGCGCAAGGGUGACCGGGAACCUUUGGGGAUGGUCAUCCUGGAAGGGUGUACCGUUGAACUGGCGGAAGAGGGCGAACAGUACUGUUUCCAGAUUAUGUUCCACGGUCCGAACAACCGGACGUACUACCUUAGCACCGAAUCGCAGGACAACAUGGAACAGUGGAUGAAGGCGUUGACCUGUGCCGGGUACGACUACAUGAAGCUGAUGGUGGCCGAACUGCAGCGACAGUUGGACGAAAUCGAAGGCUGCAAGGAGAAAACGCCGGAAGUGACACCACUGCCGGCACCGAAGGCACCCCCGCGGAGGCAAAACCCCUUCAAUAGGCCACCACCGAUCGAGUACGCAUCCAAUGCAGUGUUUGACCCGAGUGCGGCCCUACCGAUGGCCACGUCGCAUUUUUCCCCUCAAGUAACGCGAAAGGCACCACCACCGCCGCCACCUCUUUCCAGUAGUGGUAUGCCACCUCAACAACCAUCGGAAGAAUCCAUGACCAGCACUAGUAGUAGCAUUAACAAUAGCAAUAGUAUCAACAAGGCCGCAUCCCAAUCCACCAACAGUGCUUUGAGCGUGGUCGAUCUGCUGGCCGUCGUCGGGGAAGAAACCGGCUCCGCGGAAGAUUUUACCUUCGAGCAAAUGCACCGUAAGCUCGGUGUGCCCAUUAUGGCGGACCUCAAGGCGCGGAAAAUGGCGAUGGAGAAGAGCGAACAACCACUCAUCGAGUUCUAGAGGGGGGGUUGUUGGUCAGUAGGGUGUGAAAGUGCUUUAGUGCAGCUGCAAUCUGGCUACUUUUACGUUCUAUUUCUUUUUAAUGUGUUGUGCUUGGUCUAACCGUGUCAGUUUUUAUUUCUUUGUUUAUGUUUUAAGUAGGACCCUUUUUGGUUGUGCGAUUGUUUGUGAAACGGGAAUAUUCCUAUGUAGGAUCAGGAUGUAACAUUUUACAUAUAGAUUAGCACUUAGGGACAGCAAUUGCAUGCUCGAAUAAUAGACCUUUCCUUUGAAAGCUAGUAUUUAUUGUGAUAUCUAAAAAUGUGUUUAUCAUCAUGUACCGUCAGUGUACCAGUAGCCGCUCGUGUUCCAAUAGCCGCUCACCGCCUUGAAAAUGAUGUUUAUUGGCAUAAAUAUGUAUGAUUGUUUUCAUCCGUGUAUAAUUCGGCACGCAUAUUUUGAAUAUCCGUGGAAAAAAGAUUAUAUUUUUGCAGGGAACUUUGUUUUCUACACUCGUGAGCGGCUAUUGGAACACGAGCGGCUACUGGUACACUGAGGGUAUAAUCUAUCUGCUGAUCCUUCAAUUCAGUGUAGAUAGGUAUAGAAUAAAGUGAGGCAUAAGUGAAUACCUCAAACUAAAGUGGAGUCUCUAUAACAUUCUGCAACCCACUAAGCGUCAUUCACAAUAAUGUUCAGGAUCUUUUUGUAAAGGAAACAUCCUUGGUUUUCUUGAAUCUAGAACAUUGAUUUGAUCAUCACACAAUAUGCGAAUGUCAGAAUGAUCAAUUGGGAAAGAAAGCUCCUAAAUAAUAACUUGAGUUGCUAAGUACUCUGAGAAGUAGUCUUAGCCUAUGGAGUAUAUGAAUUCAUUUAUGAAAAAAGCAGAAUCGAUAAAAUGGCCGUAAAGUAGAUCGACGGUAGUGCACUGUAAAAGACUUAACUGUUGCACUUCAAGACAUAAAUUAGCGAGAUUCAGCUAUGUUUAAAACAUUUAAAAACGAAAAAAUCUUAUUAAGAUUUUGUGUAUAAUAUAAUUCUACAUAAUUAGAUAGAAAACCUCGAAAUGACAAAUUGCCUCACAGUAUUCUAUAACUAUUUAAUAAUACCCUCAGUGUACCAGUAGCCGCUCGUGUUCCAAUAGCCGCUCACGAGUGUAGAAAACAAAGUUCCCUGCAAAAAUAUAAUCUUUUUUCCACGGAUAUUCAAAAUAUGCGUGCCGAAUUAUACACGGAUGAAAACAAUCAUACAUAUUUAUGCCAAUAAACAUCAUUUUCAAGGCGGUGAGCGGCUAUUGGAACACGAGCAGCUACUGGUACACUGACGGUAAUAGAAGUUUGGUUAAAUUCUUUAGAGUAGUAAAUUUAGGUUGAAACAAGAAACAAAGCGAUAACUGUAGGAAACCAGAUCAAUUGGCAGAAGAUAUUCUUGGACAUCUCAUUCUGAUCUAAGCAAUAAUGGAACGUACAGAUAACUGUACCUAAUUACAAAAGCCUAGUCUUAUCUCUAGAACAUAUGAACAUUACAACGUAUAACAUGUACAGCAGUGCAACUAUUUACCUGAUUGUCCUAUGCUGUACGUAAGAGUUGUUUCCAUUUGACUUGGUCCAUGGCUGUGAAUCACCAGUCACGGACUCUGCGAAGGGUCCGCAAAUCGUCCUCCACUUGAUCGAACCACCUAGCUCACUGCGCACCACGUCUUCUCGUACCGGUCGGAUUGCUCACGAGAACCAUUUUUAUCAGACUGUGGACGAAAGAUGGUUCUAUCAGCAGUUGAUGCAGCUCGUGGUUUAUUCGCCUUCUCCAAGUCUCAUCUUCCAUAUGCACUCCGCCGUAGAUGGUAUUCAACACUUAUCAUUUCAAAACUCCAAGGACCCUUUGCACGUAAAAUCCAUGCUUCGUGCCCAUAAAGACCUACCGGUCCAAUCAGGGUUUUGUAGAUAUAGGUUUCGAUCGUAGAGUUCUGCGGAGUCCAAAGUUAGCUCGAUUUCCUGCCACAAUGCGUCUUUGAAUUUCUCUGCUGGUCUCGUUAUCGACGGUCACCAGUGAGCCCAAGUACACGAAUUCUUCAACCGUCUUGAUCUAAUCACCGUCGAUAGAGAUUCAAAAUUAAACCCUCCCUGUAUGUACUUUGGCUUCGACAUAUCAAUGACCAAUUCGAUUCGCCUGGCUUCAUUCUUUAGUCGGAUGUACGUUUCCGCCUUCGUCUCAAAUUAGCGAACUAUAAUUUCAAUAUUAUCGAUGAAACCAAGCAACUGAACGGGCUUGGUGAAAAUCUUAUCACUUCUGAUAAUCACCGCUCUUCUUAUUACACCCUCUAAAAAGGAAUGUUAAACAGCAAGCACGAAAGACCAUCACUUUGUCGUAACCAUUUGCGUGAUUUGAAGGGAUUCGAGAGUGUCCCUGAUACUCGACAACGCACAUCACUCGAUCUAUCGUCGACCUAAUUAAUCGUUUCAGUUCAUCCGUGAGACCGUAUUCGUGCAUAAUCUGCCAUAACUGAUCGCGAUCGAUUGUAUCAUACGCCGUUUUAAAAUCGAUGAACAGGUGAUGUGUGGGCACGUUGUAUUUGCGGCAUUUCUGCAACACCUGGCGGAUGGCGAACAUCUGGUCCGUUGUAGCGCGUUCACCCAUAAAUCCAGCCUGAUGCUACCCCACGAAUUCUCUUGCAAUCGAUGAUAGACGGCGACACAUAAUUUGAGAGAAUACCUUGUAGGUAUCGCUUAGUAGUGUGAUCGCACGGUAGUUCCCGCAAUCAAACUUGUAUUUUUUGUAAAUGAAACACACGACACCUUGAAUAUAUUCCUCUGGUAAUAUUUAUCCCUCCCAAAUCUUGGUAAUGACUAAGAGUAGUGCUCUUCCACCAGUGCUUCUCCAUUUUUUUUUAAAGCUCGCCUCCUCCUUAAUCUUUUAGAGAAAAGAGAUCGAGACUUUUUUUAUGAUCCGCACUUACUCCUAGAUUUGUUACCACACCGCCUUCGGUGCUUGCAACGUCGCCCUUAAGGUGCUCAUCGUAGUGCUGUGGGAUAUAGCUGGGCGUGAUGCAGAAUUUCAUACCAAGUCGCUGGAUGUCAGAUUAGAUCUGUUUGAGUCGCACCUACUUAGUGCACAAACGCUCGGAACGGACCUGCUCCAUCUAGUUGAUGUCAGAAGAGCAACAGUGCCCAGGCUGCACUACCAUACCAUAAGCAAACAACUGUUAGCUGAUGGUCUUUGUCAUCGAUUGACCCGUGGAAGCAUGAGGUAGGAACUUGUGAGGACCAGAGUUGUGUUGGAUUUACCAUUUUGCAGCCCAUUUGCAGAUCUUGCAGAUCUUGCAGAUGAUCCUGGUUGAAUUCUGGUAAGGACUCUCGAGAAAACAAUCUGAUAAUCUGAUAAAUAAAAAAAAAUAAUGUUAAAAUAUUUGAAAGACAGUUUCUUUAAAAAACGAAUAUUCAGAAUAUAAUGCUGUUUAUCCGUAGAUCAGAAUGAGAUGGAAAUUGUUAUCUGUAACUUAUUUCAGCGUUUGUGUUAGGAAACAUACACAUUAAUAACCAUUCCUGUAUAAUCCUCAGGCAUCCUACUAAUUCACGAUUAAUAAGUCUAUUGUAAGUAACCUGGAAAAUGUUAUAAUACACAUCAGCUCAACUUCUAACCUAUCAUAUCAACAUUUUAGAACAGGUUCAAAGUCCAUUUGACAAGCAUCAAACCGGGCGGCGUCAUUCAUGCUAUCAUGUCAUGCUUCAUUUUAGUCGGAUACCGGAAAUUAAAAUGUCACCCUCCAUAUUACAUGCGUGUUGCAGAUUCAAAUGUGAUAAUAUGCGGCGUGGUUGUUAGCGACUGCUUGCAUCCCUUUUUCCUGUUCUGUUCAACGCUAUAGUUUCCUGUUCCAUGUGCCAGAAUGUGUUAACUCAAUGGCCUUCCUGUUUGCUAUUGUUAAUCCAAGCGUUACUACCAGUUAUCUGCUUCUAUGUAUGUAUGACAAAACACGCACUACUCAGUUUUUUUUUUGCUCACCGUGCCGAAAAUCAUCAAAAUCUUCGAUCUCGUUCUCUCUCUCUCUCUCUUCCCCAUCGUCUAUUUUCCGUUCCAGCAGCAGCGAAACGCCAACGCAAAAGAAAACCACUCGAAUCACAUUUUUAGUAUGUAUGUGCGAGACAUUCGUCAGGUUCUAGGUUUAGGUUGUUUAUACUUGAUGCAUGCUUUUUAGGAAUAGGACAAAACAUCAAAGCCAAUGUAUUAUUACCCAUGUUAUGUGUAGGGGAUAGGAAGGAGCUAUGCUCCGAAUGGGCAGGAAGCCGUUUUUAGCGAAAGGUCACUUGGGAUUGAAUCGUAACAUUAGUUUACGUAGGGCCGAUUUCUUCAUCCUGGCUUAAGCGUUAACCAGGUUUAACUAUAUGGGUAAACCUGACUUACCCUGUUAAGCCGAGGUGAAGAAAUCGGCCCUUAGGAGGUUAAAUAAUAAGGGGAAAUUUGGCAUAGAACGUAGAACAUGUAAAAUCUGGAGCGGGUCAUUUAGCGUAAUAGACAUUUGGCAUGUACUCAUCGCUUUCUGUCAAAUGUCCAUUAUGCUAAACGACCAUUAUACUAACUGUAUUUCAUGCCAAAUAAUCCUCUGGCAAACAAUUCUAUGUUCAAUGACACAUACCUAGAGUUAUUUCCGCUAUCGAAAGAUUGAAAGAUUUGCAAAACUAAUUUUCAACAGCAACAUCAGUAGAGGGUUCUAUAAUACCACUAAUCCGAAAGCCACUUGACUGAAUGCCAGUAGGCCUAAUGUAACAAUCAUAGACUUUUCCAUCUUUGAUUCAUUGGCAUUCGACUUAUUCCACCAAUGAAAAAUAAUCAAAUCUUUUGUUAUAUCAAACGACUCCUUUUACAAGUUACGAUUAUUCCAAAUAACCCAACGUCAAACGGCGAACCCCGAUAAAAAUCUGCAGUGCCAAAAUUGAGUUAAGAGUCUAGGAAUUUAAGCCAACACUACACAGUCAAAAACUCGAACAAAACUGUACAAUUAGGAUUAUUACAAACUCUUUUUAUUAGAUUAUAACGUUCUUGUUGAGUUGUAAAUUAUUACGUAGUUUCUAUCUUCAAUAUUACUAUUAAUUAAACACUAAUCAGAAUUCA